AUGUCUUUGCCAGUUUACCAAAUAAAUGAGAUGGUAAUGUUGAGACCAACAGCAGUCAUACAAAUGGUAUCAGGGGACAGAUAUGUGACGGAGCGCGUUUUGAUUGAUCCCGGGGCAGAAUGCUCUAUUAUAUCAGAGGAAGUUGUUCGUCGUUUGGGAACAAAAACAGUUCGAGUGGGAAGCAAAGAGAGGUGCCUGAUUACUUUUCGUGGAAAUCAUGGAAUUAGUGCCACAGUGGAAACUCAUGCUGAAGUCCGGCGCAAACAUUUGGUCAUGGUUCCACGAAAAACGGUCGAUGGGAGGAUAGUAGAAGAGUUUCCUGGACUACAGUUGGCUGAUCCUCAAUUUUAUGUUGCUGCUGAAGUGCAAAUUACGCUGGGUGCUGAUGUUUAUCCCCGGAUAAUAAGAAACGGUGUUGUUGGUGGAUCAUUUGGCAAACCAUUAGCUCAAUUUUCUAUUUUUGGAUAUAUAAUAUCUGGAUCUUGUGCUCCAUAA